UGUGAAGCAUUUUGAGGUUUAGAGAGAGAGAGAGAGAACCCGUUUUAUAUUCAAUUCCAAUAUUCAUUACUUUCUUUUUGCCAAAGCAUCUCAAUGCUCUUUUCUCCUUUCUUUCUCUUUUAUGACUCCAAACCUUUUUUCAUGGUGCUUUUGAUUUUUUAGCCCCUCCACUAAUUUCAUUAUAGUCGGAGAAGAAGAAGAAGAAGAAGCUCACCUUGAUCAGAUAUCCUCCGAUCUUCCGUGGUGCCUCUUUCACUUUAUUAGAUGCUGUGACAACUACUGUGGCAAUGUCUCUUUGUAAAGACCUCAUCUUUUUGAUCUUGCAAUUCUGCGAUGAAGAGAACCUCAAAAGGACUGCUCAUAUGCUUGAGCAGGAGACUGGUUAUUUCUACAAUUUGAACUACUUUGAGGAGCUGCUGCUCAAUGGGAACUGGGAAGAGGCAGAGAAAUAUCUUUCAAACUUCACAGUAGUUGAAGACAACAAAUAUUCGACUAAGAUAUAUUUUGAGAUUAGGAAGCAAAAGUUUCUUGAGGCUCUAGACAAGCAUGAACAUGCUGUGGCUUUGGACAUCCUUCUCAAAGAUCUUAAAGUUUUUGCACAAUCAAACAAAGAACUGUACAAAGAAAUGACUCAGCUCCUGGUGCUAGAUGACUUCAGGGAACACAGUUUGCUUACCUUCUAUGGAGAUACAUUAUCUGCCAGAAAAAGAAUGAUACAAGAACUAAGGACUGUCAUUGAGGCAAAUCCCCUUCUCCAGGGAAGAACAAGGUUUCCUCAAAUUAACAAGUCAAGGUUGAGGCGUCUGAUUAAUCAGAGUUUGAACUGGCAGCAUAUUCACUGUGCGCAUCCUCAUCCACAACCCCAUAUUGACACCCUCUUUACAGAUCAUAAGUGUCCUGGACCUGAUAAUAUGCAAGAUCAAAUGAACAAGGAAGGUUCACUGCCUCCCACAUCUGCUCCACUAUAUGUAUCAUCUUUCAUGGGCAACUCAACUUCUGAUCAGUCCUCAGUUACUGAAUCUUUAAGUGCUGCCACACCUGUAAAUAUUGGGAACCUGUCCAACCAAGCUCCAGCUUUAGAGGAUAAUAAGAAUCAUCAUGAUUCCUCUAACUUAAAGUCACCAAGGUCUCUUGAUGAGAACAAUAUUAUGCAGGUAGCAUCAUCCACAGAAUUUUUGAGCCGCUGUCAAGAUUCGGCAAAUGAACUUCCUGUUGACUUUCCCAGGACUCUUGAACGAAUUUUAAAUGUGGGCUCUACCCCGACUACAAUGGAUUUCCACCCUGUUCACGAGACCCUGCUAUUAGUUGGAAAAUGUGAUGGGGAUAUAGAGCUCUGGGAUGUUACUUCUGCUGAGAAGUUGUUCAAGAGUGAAUUUAGGUUCUCGGACGUCAAGUCAGCCUCAGGGUUGGUGUUGGAGGACAUGGAGAAAAAUCCUGGCAUUUCUGUUCGUCAAGUUUUGUGGAGCCCUGAUGGUUUGCUAUUUGGGGUUGCAUACUCAAGACAUAUGAUCCGUUUAUACUUGUAUCAUAAAACUGCCAAUUACUUUGAGAAAAAAUUGGAGAUUGAUGCACAUGUUGGCAGUGUAAAUGAUCUAGCAUUCUCUAAACCACAUGACAAACUCGUUAUCAUAAGCUGUGGUGAUGAUAAGUUGAUUCAGGUCUGGGAUGCUGUGACUGGGGCCAAACAGUAUACAUUUGAGGGUCAUGGGGCGCCAGUGUACUCUGUCUGCCCUCAUGUGAAGGAAAAUGUUCAUUUUCUAUUUUCCAUCUCAACACGUGGGGAGAUCAAAGCAUGGCUAUUUGACAACUUGGGAUCAAGGGUUACUUAUGAUUCUCCUGGUUUCUGCUGUAUGAGAAUGGCUUAUAGCGCUGAUGGUAAAAGGCUAUUUUCAUGUGGGACAAACAAAAAUGGAGAAUCUUACAUUGUUGAAUGGAACGAGACAGAAGGUUUUAUUAUCAGGAAUUAUCAUGGCCUUAGCAAAUGUUCUUCAGCUAUGGUUCAAUUUGAUACAAGCAGCAACCGGUUUUUGGCUGCUGGUGAUGAACAUUUGAUCAAAAUUUGGGAUAUGGACAAUGCCGAAAUUUUAGCAGUUAUUGAUGCAGAUGGAGGUUUGCCUGAGAACCCAUAUAUUUGCUUCAACAAAAACGGCAAUCUGUUGGCUAUUUCUGCCGAUGAUAAUCAAAUCAAAAUCUUGGCCAAUGAUCACGGCCGUGAUUUGCUGCAAACUUCUGACUUUGUUUCUGGUGAUUCUUCUGGAUACCUAACAGAAUCCUUGAGAAAGCUUUAUGUAAAUCCAAUACCUGGGCCUCUUAAAGCUGUUGUUGCGGGGGGAGAUGCUACUACAGAAGAAGCUCCGAAUGUGUUGGAAAAAGGAAACCCAGAAGAGCCUGCAGAAUCUAUCAAAGUGGAGAUGCCAAAUAUCUCUAAAAUUGUUGAAGUUUCACGCUGUCAAUCUGUGCUACUCACUUCUGAAGUUAAGACAAAUCUGAUACGGAGAUUGGUAUACACUCAUGCAGGGAACGGCAUUCUGGCAUUAGCAGAAGAUGGGACCCAUCUACUAUGGAGAUGGGUAAAAAGUGAUGCUAAUUUAAGUGGUGAGGCAACUACAAGGUGUGCCCCUCAACUAUGGCAGCCAAAGAGUGGAUUAUUAAUGAUCAAUGAUCUUCCUGAAAACAGCUCGGACGCCGUUACACCUUGCUUUUCGUUGUCAAGGAAUGAUUCUUAUGUUAUCUCAGCAUCAGGAAGAAUGGUUUCUUUAUACAACAUGUUGAUAUUCAAGAAACUAAGAAAUGUGAUGCCGGCACCGCCUGCUGCAACGUGUAUUGUGUUCUAUCCUCCAGAUAACAAUAUAAUUGCAAUAGGCAUGGAUGAUUCAACAAUUCUCAUCUAUAAUAUACGUGUGGAUGAGGUAAUAAGCAAGCUUCAAGGUCACUCUAAAAGAAUAAGUGGCCUUGCUUUCUCAACCACUUUAAAUGUACUUGUCUCUUGUGGAGUAGAUACUCAGAUUGUUCUGUGGGAUUCUGGUACGUGGGAGAAAAAGAAAAGCACGGUAUUGCAGAUUUCAGUAGGUUGGGUGGCAUCAGAGCUGUCAGAGACCAAUAUUGAACUUGAGAAGGAUCAGAAACACUUGCUCGCGGUGCAUGAGACUCAACUCGCAAUAUAUGAAACGAGUACGCUACGACGUGUGAAGCAGUGGACCAUUGCCAACUUUUGUACGCGGAUUUCCCAUGCUACAUAUUCAUGUGAUAGCCAGUGGGUAUAUGCUGCAAUGAGAGAUGGAAUCCUCUUGAUACUUGAUGCUUCAGAUCUGGCGCCAAGAUUUGAGAUUGAUCCUUCAGCCUAUCUUCCGCCUCGGCUCAGUGGUUAUGUGGAUCCAGUUGUGGUUGCUGCUCAUCCACAGAAGCCAUACCAGUUCGGCUUGGGGUUAUCUAAUGGUGGAGUUGUGGUUAUUGAGCCCCUUGAAUCGGAAGGUCGAUGGAGAGCAAUACCGGCAUUGGAGGAGAAAUGAGAAUAUCAAUCAUUUUCUGAGACUGAGAGUAGUGGUUGAAAGGAAAAGUGUUGAAGUUGGUGUGAAUCCUUUUGGUAUUGGUAACUGAGCAUAAAUCUCCAAAUGCUGAAUCCUCUACUACAUAUAUGUAGUAAAGAUGUUUGAUGAUGAAAUUGAAAUCAUAAUAGAGUUUGAAAACAGAACAAAUGAAGAGGAGUGUAUGUGUAAGUUGUAAGCAAUAGCUUUGAUGUUCGAGUUGGGUUUGGGUCUCAACCUCACUCCCUACUCCCUACUUCUAUUCAAUCUCAACCUAACUACUAUCAAGAAUCCCUACUU